AUGCCUAUGACCCACACUCGAACCUUUCCCUCCGUCCUUCAAUCGGCUCGAUUUUGUUGCUUUUCGUGUCUGCGAAGCUACUGGCUCUUCACCUCGGAUGUCUACAUCUACGAUGGGGUCAAGCUCGAGCUCCAUGCCGAGUCGGGCACAACGGGUAUGAGACUAAAGUCAGACUCCAAGGUCAUUGAGCUCAGGGCGCACGGCGGGUGGUUGUCUCUGCUAAACACCGAGCUGUCGUCGUGGGAUGUGGACGAGGCGGACUACGCCUCGAACUACUCGGCGCCCCGGUCUUACGUUACGGCCAUCAGCGAGGUGCUGGAGACCCCCCCGCAGACCUGCGUCGGCCACGCCAAGAAUGACGCGGGAGAGGCGCGAUUCGACAGCGACGUGGAGCCACGCGCGGCACCAAGUGCACAGCACACUCGCUUCUUCUCGCUGCAAACGUACGCCCGACAGCAGGUGCGAGGGUUCUGCGUGGACUUGUCGAACGAAGACCUCUUCGACAGAGUCAACGUCCGCGGAAACAUCCGUUUCUCGGACAUCCACCACAACUACUUCGGAAUGUACACCUACGGGCACCAAGACGGGCUCUGGGAGUACAACCUCAUGCACGAAAACGCCAAAUACGGCUUCGACCCCCACGACGACUCUGACAACCUGAGGAUCCACAACAAUAUCGUGUGGGACAACGGGGAUCACGGUAUCAUCGCUUCGAAGCGGUGCAACCACGUCUCUAUCCAGAAUAACGUAGUGUACGACAACACCAACGCUGGCAUCAUGCUCCACCGCUCCAGCGACUACGCCACCGUUCGCAACAACACGGUGUCGGGCAGCGGCGACGCCUGCAUUGCCAUAUUCGAGUCCAUGGACGGGAUUUACAUGUACGAGGGAAGCGACCUGCCGUACGUCUCCGACGGGCUUCCCUCCUACAACCUCAUCGCGAACAACAUCAUUGAUACCGCCACCGAAGGCAUCAAGAUGGGCAACACCGUGGGCAACGAGUUCAUGGGCAACGUGAUCACAAACACGGCCGACCUGCGUUUCCGUAACUCCUCCGGGGUCAUCUGGAAGGACAACGACAUCCCAGUGGGGGUUGACAUCGACCCGGAAGGUUCUUGCUUCACCUCCGACUCCGACAUUGCCCAGCUCGGGGAGGAGGCCAUAGUCUGCUAA